AGUCCACUGAAACAAGGAUUCAGCUUCAAGCAAACAAAUGGCUACAGAAAAUUACAAGAUCUUCAAUGACUCUGUCCAUGGCCAUAUCAGGCUGCAUCCCCUGCUGGUUAAAAUCAUUGACACACCAGAGUUUCAGCGUCUGAGAAAUAUCAAGCAGCUAGGAGGCGGCUAUUUUGUCUUUCCAGGAGCUUCUCACAACCGCUUUGAACAUUCCAUCGGUGUGGCUCAUCUAGCAGGAGAACUUGUGCAGAGUCUGAGAGGUCAUGGAGAGCAGAUAACUGAACAAGAUGAACUCUGUGUUCAGAUUGCAGGAUUGUGUCAUGACCUGGGUCAUGGCCCUUUCUCUCAUACAUUUGAGACCUUCAUGAAGGAGGCAAAGCCAGAAUUAAAUUGGAAGCAUGAAAAAGCAUCAAUCGAAAUGUUUGAACAACUGAUCAACAAAAAGAAUGGCAAAACAAUUAAGGAAAUCAUGGUUGGAUAUGGACUUGAUGAUCAAGAUAUUGUGUUUAUCAAGGAGCUCAUCUUUGACCCAAAUCCACCUACUGAGGUGAGCAAUCAACUGCUAGUGCAAUCUUCAGAUACAAAUUGGCACUACAAAGGAAGACCAAAGGAGAAGUCCUACUUGUAUGAUAUUGUGGCCAAUAAAAUCACAGGUAUUGAUGUCGACAAAAUGGAUUAUUUCAGUAGAGAUUGCCUCCAUCUGGGAAUGAAAAGCAACUUCUCCCAUGAGCGCUACAUGAAGUUUGCACGAGUUUGCACCACUGAGAACAACGAAAAGAAGAUCUGCAUGAGAGAUAAGGAAGCACUGAAUAUGUACGAACUCUUUCACGUUCGCUACCUGCUCCACCAAAACGCCUACCAACACAGGGUUACAAAAGCAAUUGAAAGGAUGAUUAUUGAUGCACUUUUGGCAGCUGAACAUGCAGACUUUAAGCUGGAUGGCAAGAAAAUCUCUGAGACUGUACAGAGUACAGAGUACUGUACUGACAUGAGUACAUACCUGAAACUCACAGAUAACAUUCUUGAUCAUAUUAAGCAUGCAACACAAAAUGCAAAUAAGCUCAUUGAGAAAAUUGAGAGACGUGAUCUUUACAGAUUUGUUGGUGGCAAACUAUACAAAAAGAAAUCAAACAUCACUGAUAUGAAAGAGACACUGCAAAAGUGUCUAAAACUGAGCAAGUUCACACAAUGCUCCAAAGACUUCAGAGUCACAGUAAUUAACUUUGAUUACGGGCAGAAAGAGAAAAAUCCCAUAGAUUCUCUGUGGUUCUACAGAAAAGACAAUGUCGGGAAAGCCAUAAUGCUGAGGGAGGAUGAGGUCUCUUACAUUAAGCCAACAUGCUUUCAGGAAACCAAGGUCUUUCUGUUCUACACGAAAAGCUCUGCGUAUGGCCUAAAUGAUAAGCAGCUUGCCGAGUUAUGGAAACUAAUAGAGAAAGAAGAAAAUACCAGUAAGAAAGAAGAGAGUACCAGUAACACAACUGAAUAAGAAUUUAAAAGCACUAGACUGUGUGUGUGUUCAGGUGAUCGGAGUUUUCCUAUAUUUAGUCCUUUAGUAAACAUCAAUAUUUUUUACGUACUUUUCAUUCACAAGAUUACUUUCUUUGCAAAUGAUCAGGCAAACGAUUAGGCCACAGGUGGAUGGAUUAUCCUUAAAACGUGAAAGAAAUUUGUGCACAAGAGCCAGGAAAGUUUGGAUUACAGACACUGCUAAUAGUGUAGUAGUAUGUACAAAAAACACACAAUUUUCACAAAAUAACAGUGCUAAAAAUGUUUACAGGAAAAAUAAAAGUAGGAAUAAUGUGUCCUUUACAUACUGAUCUUUAUUUUUACCAUAAUUAUAGGUUUGAAUUAAGGAUAUUAUUGAUUUCUGUAGGUCUUUUUUACACUUUGCUUAAACCUGGGUUCUCCUCAUUCUAAACCCAGGUUUAACCCCAGGUUGAGAAAUGUUUUAGUUUGAUAUCAAAAAAUAUUUGGUCAACUAUGUGACUUUUUUUUUUCACCUAUGUUAGUGAUAUGUUUAAAAAUGAGGAUUGAAACCACUCAUGCAAAUAUGGUUACAAUAAAAACACUACCUAUAAUCAUCUUUAUUACCUUAAUGGUGGAUUAUCCUAAAAAUGCUUUUUGCUGUUUUCAAAAUGUAACUAUAGGUCCCUUCAAUAUACAUGAUGGAAGGAUGCAGCUGUAUAAAUAAACAUUAAUUUUUAGAGGGUGUUAUGGGGAUUCAGAAAAUAUAUUCAAUAAAAACAUGUUCA